AUGGUUCUAAAAAAAAAGAUGAAUUUGAACAACGUGAAAGUUCCGAAGGUGCCAGGAGGUGGUGCCAUAUCUGCGUUGGUUAAGAUUGGGAUAAUCGGUGGGCUCGGUGUCUACGGUGCCACACACAGUCUCUACAAUGUCGAGGGAGGACAUCGAGCCAUCAUGUUCAACCGUUUGGUCGGUAUCAAAGAUAAGGUUUACCCCGAGGGUACGCACCUGAUGGUUCCUUGGUUCGAAAGACCGGUCAUCUAUGACGUUCGUGCACGACCUUACCUUGUUGAGAGUACAUCCGGAAGCCGUGAUCUCCAGAUGGUGAGAAUUGGGCUUAGGGUUCUUCAUAGUCCCAUGGCAGACCAGUUACCUGAGACCUACAGAACCCUCGGUGAGAACUACGGCGAGAGAGUUCUGCCUUCUAUAACCCACGAGACUUUGAAAGCUGUUGUUGCUCAGUACAAUGCAAGCCAGCUUAUUACUCAGAGAGAGGCGGUUAGUAGGGAGAUCAGGAAGAUUCUAACUGCACGAGCAACAAACUUCAACAUUGCGCUUGACGAUGUGUCCAUCACGACCCUGACAUUUGGGAAGGAGUUCACGGCUGCCAUUGAAGCUAAGCAGGUGGCUGCUCAAGAAGCUGAGCGGGCUAAGUUCAUCGUUGAGAAGGCCGAGCAAGACAAGAAAAGUGCGGUUAUCCGCGCCCAGGGAGAAGCCAAGAGUGCUCAGCUCAUAGGUCAAGCAAUCGCAAACAACCAAGCUUUCAUAACGCUCAGGAAGAUCGAGGCCGCGAGAGAGAUUGCACAGACCAUAGCACACUCGGCGAACAAGGUGUACCUGAGCUCCGACGAUCUUUUGCUUAACCUACAGGAGAUGAAUUUGGAUGUGAAUGCAAUGAAGUAG